AUGCGCUCACGACGAGGCUCAUUCGUGGAUACUGGUGAUCAAUACACCGAACCUAACGAUGUCGGUGAAAAAAGAGCCCGUGAACUAUAUCAGUACUACAGGCCUCAGAAAGAAGCCAAGAAUGAAGUCAUUUUCCUCCCCUACCCGGCCACUGUUCUACAAGCACAUGCGCAACUGGCUGCCUACCGCCUUGAUGUGCAACGCGCCUUCGUAGCCCUGGUCGACAAAACCAGCUCCUACUUCGUUGCCGAAGCCACGAAGACACUGGAUCUCGAAGACAAUAGCAGAUCUGAAGCAAUGGAUGAUGGCGAUCCUCGUGAAGAGAGAGGACAGCAUAUUCCAGCACAUUUGGAAAUCCUGGACAUGACGAAGGAUGAUCGCUGGAAAGACAGCAACUUUGUGACUUCUCAACCAUACUUCCGCUACUACUGUGGCCUGCCGCUACGCACCGACAACGACAUCAAAAUUGGAGCUCUCUUUUUGCUCGAUACACGGCCGCGCGAAUCGACAAGCCUAGCUCGACUCAAAGUACUGAACACCAUCGCGCACAACAUCAUGGUACAUAUGCGGACUGUCAAAGAGUCGCAUGAGAAACAGCGUGCCGUUCAUAUGAAUAUGUGCAUGGCGGACUUCAUCAAUCCCGAGCACCGUUUCCGCAGUCGGCAGCUACAUCCACCGGGAAGGUCUGACUCGCGGGACGCCCAUCAAAGUGCUCCUCAAAGUCCGGCCCAGCUCUUGGAUACCUCUCCAUCGCAUCAUAUGCCGAAUGGGGAUUACUUCCACGAGGAUGAAGAGUCCGAAGGCAAUAAUGCUUCGCAGAGCAUCGCAGAAGACGCGUUCCAUACAGAUCAACAUGCACAGGCUCCUUCGAGCACAGAGGAUGCCAGAAGCAAUGGGGCCUCGGCCGCCGGUGUGUCGACACACACACGUAGCAGCAACAAGAAGUCCACUGAGCCUGCCGAUGACAACGAGAUGCAUGACGCUCUUCCUAAUGACGCUCUUCCUAAUGACGCUCCUGGCGCACAGACUGCUCGGAGUGUACCUGAAGGGGAUGAUGAGGCUGCGGAGGAAGCACCGAAUCCAGAAGAUUCGCAGACAAGCAUCCAAGGACCUUUUAGAGCCGAUGCACAAGACUCUGGACACGAUGCAUCGCUACCAGUGCCGGUCAACGAGCUGAGGGACUCGAACAGUGAGCAAAGUCAGGUCACGAGUCCAGGUACCGACUCUCCCCGGGGUCGGAUGGUGCAGCGAUCUGCAACUGAAACAUCCUCUGUUAGCCCGCCACCCAAGAAGAAUAUCACCGAAGCGGAUCACCAGCGGGUGUUCGAUCGCGCUGCAUACUUACUUCGUCAGGCUUUGGACUUAGAGAAAGCCGGCGGAGGCGGUGUUGUUCUGCUUGAUACAAACGCUCUCGCGGACAGCACUGAUCCAGCGAUGAGAAGGCAGCCAUCACAACACGACGAGAAGGGCGAUUUGUCGAGGCCUCCUUCCUCUGACAUGCUCACACCCAGUGGGCAACCCACGACUGCGCGUCAGACCAAGACAGCUUACAGUGGAACGAUACGGGAGAGAGUCGUGCUAGCUGCUGCAUCGAUUCAGCCAUCAGGAGAAAGUCCGCCCCAGAAUUUCGGACGGGCAGACCCAACUUGGAAAGUCACAUUGUCGCCUCCCGAGCUUGCCAGAAUGUGCAGAAAGCAUCCAAGGGGCAAGCUGUUCAAUCUGCCAGAGAACGUCGGCACGUCUCUUUUCGACUGGGAGGGUUGCCCUGUCACGGGGAGUCUCUCGUCUAAGCUCUAUGAGUUGGUUCUUCUGCGUCGACAGUUCCCGGAUGCCAAGCAGGUGAUAUUCGUCCCGAUGUUCCACGCCAAGCUGAACCGCUGGACGUCUUGUCUCGCUUAUACCAACUCACGGAUGCGGAUAUUCUCGUACGAAAUGGAUGACCUACCAAUACUCUCGUUUUGCAAUUCGAUCAGAGCAGAAAUCGUUCGGCUAGCCACUGUCUUUGCUGAUCAGCAAAAGAGCGACUUCAUCGGAUCUGUGUCGCACGAGUUACGAAGCCCCCUUCAUGGCAUACUCGCGUCCAUCGAGUUUCUGCAGGACACCGAGUGCGACGCUUUCCAGAAAUCAUGUGUGGACACGAUGGAUGCUUGCGCACACACUCUGCUUGAUACAGUCGCAAUGGUCCUGGACUACAGCAAAGUCAACACUAUGAAGCGCAAAAAAUCGGACGAUUCAUUGUCACAAGACUCUGAUCGGCAAGAGCCAAAGAUGCCGACCACCACGAGCUUGAAGAGCGAGCCAUUGUUCGCGACCGAUCAAGAGUGUGAUAUCGCUUUGAUCACUGAGGAGGUCAUUGACGGGCUGGCCACCGGUCAUCUGGCAAGACAUCGUACCAAUGCAGGCUUUGAUGAAGCCCCACAAAACUUCAAUAGCAGCAUACAUGACAGCCUGCGGCCAGAGUUGCGACGUGUCAUGAACGCAAUACGUGUUGAGGUCGAGCUAGUGCUAGACAUCCAAGGACCUUCGAAGUGGACUUUUGCCACACAACCUGGAGCUGUACGACGCAUUGUCAUGAACAUUUUUGGCAAUGCCCUCAAGUAUACGAAGCAUGGACACAUAAACGUCUCCCUUCGCUUCGUCAGCCAACAAGGCUCGCAACAUGGGGACCAGACCGUGAAGUUCGACCAGCGAGACAAGCCAACAAACGUAAAGCUCACAGUCACCGACACUGGGCAAGGUAUCUCACCAGAACAUCUGCGCACGAAGAUCUUCACUCCUUUUGCGCAAGAAAAUGCCAAGUCCGCUGGUACCGGUCUCGGGCUCAGUAUCGUCAGGAACAUAGUCAACAUGCUCCAGGGUGAGAUUGACAUCAAGUCGAUCGUCAAUGUUGGGACCAUGGUGAUCGUUACAUUGCCUAUGAAGAAAGCGAACCCCGAUAAGGCAGCCCGGGCACCACCACCAGCAUUAAUUGCAGGACAACCAGCCUCGUAUUUACAAGUCAAGGAUCCCAGCAUGUCGGCUUUACAAACCUUGCAGAAUCCGCCACAGGUCGCUAUUUACGAGCCCGCAAUGGAACAUGACAGCUUUGGACAGUCGCAAGGUGCCGUGGCCGUGCAUGCGGCGCUUGUCCAGUACUUAACCGGGUGGUUCGGCUUUCCGACUCUGCAAACAUGGGACUUCGAUCUGCCAGCACAGGUCCUCGUUGUGGACGAAAUACACCUGCCGACACUGCUCGCCCGACGACCGCAAUUUCUAGAAACUCUGUCUCGGCAAAGUUUGAUCAUUCUGUGCGCGAAUGUCGCUCGUCAGGCUGUAUUAGCCAAAGACAUUCAGAGUACGAGGGUCGAGUUCGUUUCAAAGCCAUUCGGCCCCUUCAAACUGGCAAGAGCUCUGCACAGAGCCCUGGAGAAAGCUGCAACGACGUCCACAAAAGUCAGAAAUGUCGUCCUGGGAGUGGAUGAUGCUGGCACGUCAGCUCUCGGGUUAGCUAAUGCUUCACCUGACGAACAGAAAGCACUGCAACCCGGAAUCGUCUCACCAUUGGAGUGUCGUCCGAGUGCUGCAUCAAGCCCAGCACAAUCACCUGGGACACCUGUCGAAGAGAUCAGACGUGAUGGUUUUCCAUUCACUGCCAAGCAGACUCCGCCGCCUGUUUCGCCUCGCCCUGGAGUGCACGAGGUAGACCCAGAGGCUAGCUCUGUCGGGCGACGGCAAAUUUUGCCCAGCUCGCUAAAACCACCCCCACGAAUCUCAUGUCUACGCGCAAAUACCGAGAUCACCACAGUUCCUCGGCCUUUACCAACACCUAUCCCGGAGAAACCAGCAUCAUCCGAUGAUCUUACGCUGGUCCCCGGGCCGAGCUCAGCGCUUGUUCCUUUCUCUAUCUGGAACACACCAGAUACACCGCAGACCAGAAGACCUCGCCUACUCCUCGUCGAUGACAACAGACUCAAUCUGUCUCUCCUUCACACCUUUGUGAAGAAGCGUGGGUUUCUCGAGGGCUUUGCUCGUACAGCAGAGGACGGCGCUCAGGCGGUCCAAAGCUUCGAAGGCAACGACCCCGACAUCAUGUUCAUGGACUUAUCCAUGCCUGUCAUGGAUGGACCGGAAGCAACUCGCAACAUUCGCAGUAUCGAGGGACUGAGGCGCACCGGGAGUGAUCGUGAUAAACUGGCGGCCGGAAAAAAUGUUCUCGCGAAGAAUAAGCAACCGGCGCUCGUAGUUGCCAUCACCGGCAAUGCGAAGAGCAGCGAUCAGACUGAGGCGUUCGACGCUGGACUUGACGUGUAUAUGACGAGACCCGUCAGCUUCAAGGAGGUCGGAAAACUGCUUGCGAAUUGGAGGGAGAGGGCACACCCGGAAUGA